AUGAGCCGCAAUCAGAACCGCAAGGGUGGCGGCAAGCGCGGCCGCGCAGAUGAGUGGAGGACCGACGUGCGCGACCUGGCGACGUUGCAGAACACGGCUUUUGAGGCGUACUACAAAGGCAACGUCAUCCCUGCAUCGGAGUGGGAGGCGUUCAUGUCGUGCCUGCAGACGGGGCUGCCCAUGUCGAUCAGGUUCAACUGCGCAGUGCCACAGGUGGACGCUGUGGAUGCGUUCGUCACGCAGCACCUCUCUGAAGUCUUCGAGAGCAAGCGCAUCCCAUUCUUCCCGGCGCAGCGAGCGAUUCAGUUCGGCGUCAGCCGCGGCGACUUGAAGCGCAAGAAGGCGAACCAGGCGUUGAAGAAGAUUGUCUCCGCGAUGAACGAGGGCGGCUACCUGACUCGACAGGAGACCGUUAGCAUGCUGCCUCCUCUCCUGCUGCAGGUGGAGCCUGGGAUGCGGGUGCUGGACAUGUGCGCCGCGCCGGGAAGCAAGACGUCGCAGAUCCUCGAGCUCCUCCUAACUGGCGAGCCCGAGAGGGGAGUUGUGGUGGCGAACGACGUCAAAGCUUCGCGCUUGGACGUGCUGCACCAUCAAACCAACCGUGCCGCUGGCGCAAAUCUCCACCUCAUCAUCACAAACACAGACGCCACGCGCUUUCCUUUGCUGCCAUUGGCGGAGCGCUUCGAUCGCGUCUUGUGCGAUGUGAUGUGCUCCGGUGAUGGAACGCUGCGCAAGUCCAUUGAUAUGUGGCCUCGCUGGGACUCUCUCCAGGGGGCCAACCUACACCACACCCAGAUGCGCGUGUUGCUGCGCGGCAUGGCAUCUUGCAAGUCGGGUGGAAUUGUGGUGUACUCCACCUGCAGCCUUAACCCCGUCGAAGACGAAGCAGUCGUUUCAGCCUGCCUGGCGCAGACGAAGGGCACCUUCGAACUGAUGGACCCUACGCCGCUGCUCCACGGGCUCUGCGCUUCGCCUGGCAUGACUUCAUGGACGGUCACCACACGAGACCUCACGACAACGCUGCACAACUACGAGGACGCGAAGGCGUUCAUGGAGGCCCAGACGGAUCGCCGCACUUUUCAGUACGCACCGAGCAUGUUCGCGAACACUGAACUGCUCGUGGAGCAGCACAUCGAGCGCACCCGCCGCAUCCUGCCCCACACACAGGACACUGGCGGCUUCUUUGUGGCGGCGCUGCGUUGUGUCACGGCAGUACCGGAGGAUGUGCGUGUGAGGACUGAGUCCGCCUCUGAUGCGAAGGGGACGGAUGCACCCAUGAAACCCCUCUCGGUUGGUAUGCGGGCGACCCUGCAGAAGGCGCUCGCGCUGCCCGACACGUUCCCCUAUGACCACCUCAUCGUCCGCAACGAGGAGGCGCGUUACCAGAAGGUGUACCUGGCCAACUCGGACGCCAUUUCGCUAAGCCAGCAGCUGGGCUGUCGGGUCGUGCACGUCGGCUCGAAGGUGUUCGAGUCCGUGCUAAAGUACAGCAACGAAAAGCUGCGCUUCUGCACAGACGGCGUGGCUGACCUCGUGCCCUUUCUGCCCUCCAACUUCCUUGUCUCGGUGACGCCGUCCCUGCUGCUGGAGUUGGCUGCGGAGACGCCGAUGUCGUAUGCCGAUUUUAGCGCCAAGACCGGUCAGCUCACCGAGGACCUGCCACCGAGCUUUGUCCUCACCACCUCCUGGGCGGUUGGGGGGCCUAUCUACGUAGCUGCAGAGAAGUCCACGAAGCUGGGCAAGCUUGUUGCUCACGUAGCAGGCUGGCAAGUGACAGUGUGCAGGCUGGCUUUGAACUUACCACUGGUGGAGUCGGCCGAGGAGGGGCAGGAAGGCGCUGCAGAGGAUGGCGAUGCGGCCAGAGAGAACGCCUACGCGCCGGCAGCAGAUGCGGCGACGCACUAA